UCCAAAUCUCAGGGUAUGGUGAUGCUGCAAGGAUAUGGGUAUGGAGAUUUCAGGCCUGAGCACCAUUUUGUUCGUAGAUUCACUGCAUUAAUGGCAUCAACGACAUCGGGUCCUGCUGGUCCUGGUGCCCAAGUGGUUGGAAAUGCCUUUGUUGAACAGUAUUACCAUAUUCUUUACCGAUCACCAGAAUUGGUGUGCAGAUUUUAUCACGAUUUGAGUGAGAUGAGCCGACCUGAACCAAAUGGUGCUAUGACUUCUGUGAAAACCAUGCAAGCAAUCAAUGACAAGAUAGUUUCCUUGGGAUACAAGGGCAUCAAGGUGGAGAUAAAAACUGCAGAUGCACAGGAAUCUCACCAGGGGGGAGUGAUGGUUCUAGUCACUGGAUGUCUUACUGGAACGGACAAUGUGAGAAGGAAAUUUGCUCAGUCAUUCUUCCUCGCUCCACAAGACAAAGGUUACUUUGUCUUAAAUGAUGUUUUUAGGUAUGUGGACGAAAGUGAAUCAGUGGAGGCUGAUCCCAUAUUAGUUAAUGGCGUUGCUGAAAAUACCCUGAGUGCUCCUCUAACUCCUGAUCCAGAGGUUGGUCCAGCUCCAGAUCAUCAUGUAACUGACCCCGAAGCUUUGAUUUCCGAAGAGGAUCUUCACAACGGUCAGGAAGUUUGUGACCCAUCAGACAACGAGGAAGGUUCUGUCAUUGAAGAAGAAGAGGUUGUUGUGGAACCCCCGGCUCAUUCAAGUCAAAAUGAAGUGCAACAGGUUACUGAAUUGACUUCCACUGUCCAAGAGGAUGCUCCUAAGAAGUCUUAUGCAUCAAUUGUGAAAGUUAUGAAGGACACUGCAGGUCCUGUUGCAGUGUAUGUACCUACCACUGCCAUCUGGGUGGCACCUGCAAAUACUGAGCGACAGUCCGUCGAGCCCCCAGCACCUGCUCCAGCACCUGUGAUUAACUCUCCUACUAGCAACAAUACCCCCGAAAGCAGCAAUCUUCACGAAGAAGCUGAGGGUCACUCAAUUUAUAUCCGGGGUUUGCCUUUGAACGCCACAGUUGCCCAACUUGAUGAAGAGUUCAGGAAAUUCGGGCCUAUUAAGCCUGGCGGCAUCCAAGUCAGAAGUAAUAGGCAACAGGGAUUUUGUUUUGGCUUUGUUGAAUUCGAGUUGCCAAGUUCAAUGCAGAACGUAAUUGAGGCUUCACCUAUCAUGAUUGGGGGCCGCCAAGCAUUUAUUGAGGAGAAGAGAACUACAACUCGAGGCAAUGGUAGUGGGAGAGGGCGGUUCCCCACUGGAGGAAGGGGUGCUUUCCGAAACAACGACAGCUUCCGUGGCCGUGGGAGUUUUGGCAACCGGGGAUAUGGCAGAAGUGACUUUGGAAGCCGGGGUGAGUUUUCGGGCCGUGGGCGGGGCCCAUCGGGCCGUGGUGGCACCGGUUAUCAGCGGGUUGAUCAAAAUGGGAAUGCCAGAGCUGGCCGUUCAGGAGGGGCAAACCACACAGCUGUUCCGGUCUGAAAAAAGUUACAGUCGAAGUUACAGUGGGCGACGACAAUGCAUAGUUAUUGAUGAUUCAGUACCUCAGUAUAGCCGAGGUAUGCAAUAUCAUAGUUAUAGUGAUUCGUGAAAAGCAUUUUUGUGACUGCAGAUAGAGUUUAGGUUAAAAGGGUUGUAUCUGUGUAAUCUCGGGAUUUUUGUUUUGGUUUUUUUUCUUUGAGAUUUAUUGGCAUAGAUGAUGACCUGAAUAUAAGAAACUUUUUUGGGUAAAA